AUAGUAAGAAAGUAUCCAUCAUGCCUAUGUUAGCCGAUCCUUCUGUCAAAUAUAAGAAAUUUCCUGACGUUCAUUUACCUAAUCGUCAAUGGCCAUCCCGGUCAUUGAACAAGACCCCCAGAUGGUUAUCCACUGAUUUAAGAGAUGGUAACCAAUCCUUACCUGAUCCAAUGUCAAUUUCUGAAAAGAAACAAUAUUUCCAAAAGUUAGUUGAAAUCGGGUUUAAGGAAAUCGAAGUUGCCUUCCCGCUGGCUUCCCAAAUUGAUUUUGAUUUCACCAGGUUUGCUGUUGAAACUGCUCCUGCUGAUGUUUCCGUUCAAGUUUUGUCUCCUUGUCGUGAGGAGUUGAUCACUAGAACCGUGGAGUCGUUAAAGGGUGCCAAAAGAGCCACGGUGCAUAUUUACUUGGCCACUUCCGACUGUUUCCGUAAUGUUGUUUUUGGUCUUUCCAAAGAAGAAUCAAAGCGUAAAGCAGUUGAAUGUACUAAGUUGGUGCGAAAAUUAACUAAAGAUGAUCCUUCCACAGCUGGUACUGAUUGGGAUUUUGAAUUUUCUCCAGAAACUUUCUCAGAUACUGAUUUAGAUUAUGCUGUUGAGGUUUGUGAAGCUGUCAAGGCUGCCUGGGAACCAACUGAGGAAAAGCCAAUAAUUUUCAACUUACCUGCUACUGUUGAAAUGGCCACUCCAAACGUGUAUGCCGACCAAAUUGAAUAUUUCGCUACCCAUAUUUCCAAUAGAGAAACCGUUUGUAUUUCCUUACAUCCACACAAUGACCGUGGUUGUUCGGUUGCUGCUGCAGAAUUGGGUCAAUUAGCUGGUGCAGACCGUGUUGAAGGGUGUCUUUUCGGUAAUGGUGAACGUACUGGUAAUGUUGACUUGGUUACUUUGGCCCUUAACUUGUACACCCAGGGUAUUUCUCCUAAAUUGGAUUUCUCCGAUAUAAAUUCCGUGAUUGAUAUUGUUGAAAAGUGUAACAAGAUCCCCGUUCAUGCUAGAGCACCAUAUGGUGGUUCGCUUGUUGUUUGUGCAUUUAGUGGGUCGCAUCAAGAUGCCAUCAAGAAAGGGUUUGCUGCCCAUGAAAAGGAAAAGGAAAAGGCUCAAGGAAAACAAGUUCACUGGAAAUUACCCUACUUGCCAUUGGAUCCUCAAGAUAUUGGAAGAACUUAUGAAGCCAUCAUCAGAGUCAAUUCUCAAUCCGGUAAAGGUGGGUCAGCUUGGGUUAUUUUACGUAACUUGGAAUUAGACUUACCAAGAGGGUUACAGAUUGCAUUCAGUAAAGUUGUUCAAGAUCGUGCUGAAGUUAAGGGUCAAGAAUUAACCAAUGAAGAAUUGUGUGAAUUAUUCAAACAAGAAUACUUUAUUGACUAUGAUGAAGAUGCACCACCAACUCACUACAAAUUGGUUGACUAUUCUAUAACUUCUCCAAGCAAGGGAGUCAAGCAAAUCGAUGCUGAAUUAGAUAUCGACGGUAAGUCAGUCAAGAUCAGUGGUCAAGGUAACGGUCAACUUUCUGCUUUCACUGACGCUAUUUCCAAGCACUUUAACAUUGAUAUCACCGUCAAGAACUAUCAUGAACAUUCUCUUGGUGACAAUGACUCUGCUUCUCGUGCAGCAACAUACAUUGAAAUUGCCUUGGGUAAUAAAGUUACCAGAUGGGGUGUGGGUAUCCAUACUGAUGUUUCUCAAGCUUCUUUCUUGUCGCUUAUUUCUGUCUUGAAUGGAUUACAUAGAAAUGGUGAUCUCAAGUAAAGUGUUUUUAUUUAUUUGACAUUUCAAUUCCCCCGUGUUUAGUACAUAGUAAAGAAAAUCGUUUAUUUAGUAAACCAUGACCAUU